AUGCUUGACUUCCCGGCUUAUAACAAUAAGGCAGAGUACGAGGCAUUACUCGCUGGUUUGCGCUUGGCAAAGGAGCUAUCAAUAAAAAAGCUAGCCAUCUACUUAGAUUCCCAGCUGAUCACAAGUCAAGCCUUAGGAGAAUACAUGGCAAAGCACCCAAGGAUGAUCUUGUACCUUGACAAAGUCCAAGAGAUGUUGAAGGCGUUUCCCACCUUCACCAUCCAACAGGUGCCCCGAGCAGAGAACGCGCACGUAGAUGCACUGGCAAGCUUAGGAUCAUCGCUCGAUACCCAGUUCAGACGCUCCAUUCCGGUCGAGCACCUUGACCAGCCUAGCAUAGAAGAGGCAGAGCAGUUGGGCCUCAUCUCACUUGCAUCAAGUACCCGUAAACGCUCGAGGUUCUCUGCAAAAUACACGACGGCGAAUGUGGAAAUCACGCUGGGGGCAGAUCGCUUGCUCAAAAGGCUCUCAGCAUCGGCUAUUUCUGGCCUACCAUGCACCAAGACUCCAUGGAGUAUGGUCAAAGAUGUGAUCGAUGCCAAUGCUACAAGCCGGUCCCUGGCCUGGCAGCUGAGGAAUACCAUCCCCAGAAUAGUCCAUGGUUAUUCAUGUAGUGGGCCAUUGACUUGGUGGGACCUAUGUCAACGGCACCUGCCAAUAAGGAGAUGA